CGACGUGGUUUUCAACUUACAAAGCUUGUUUUGACAUCAAAAUACAUUAAAUAAGUGUUUUAUAUACUUAGUUUUUACUUUGGAGAACUUUGCAUUUUUCGGUCGGGUUUCAGCGCCGGUUAGCUAGGCCAUGGUUCUGGGCUAGCCAUAUACCCAGCGAUGGUAGAUUUCACCCAUGCAUGGGUAAGUGAUCCCGGGAUUCCAGAAUCAUGUCACCCAGCGAUGGGAAGAUCUUUCCAUCGAUGGGAAGGAAAGGUAUUUUCCUUCGGGUUGAAGUCUUGGAGUGCGGUAUCUCCGAGCCAGUGUUGUUGAGGCUCGUGGGACUCGAGUUCUCAGGUUGUAACGGUUUGUUAAGCACCCAACUGACUGCUUUCAAAUUUAAAUUCGGCAUGUCCCAAGCUGCUUCCUACCUCAACAAUCAACUUUGGAUUUUCUGGAAGGAUCCCACCCUCACUUUAAUUCAAACUAUGGAACUGGAACAGGUUGUUCAUUGCCAGUUUAACUCUAAUUUUUGGUCUAUCUGGAUCUCCUCCAUUUACGGGAGACAUAGUAGGUCCUCGAGACGGGCACUUUGGGAGUCUAUCUCUAAAUGUAACCCUGGUGUACAGCCGUGGAUACUGGGUGGUGACUUUAAUUGCAUCCACAGUAUUGAUGAACACAAAGGGAGCUCAGAACCUUGCCACAACUCCAUUGUUGAUUUCAGAAAUUGCAUGGAAGCCAACAACCUACUUUGCCUAUCCCCUUCUGGGGGACACUUUUCGUGGAGUGGCCAUCGGAGUAGAGGAAAGGUCUGGAGAAGACUUGACCAUAUCUUCUGUAACCAACCAGUGCUUGACCAGUUUCUCAACCUCUCGUUAGAUAUGCUAAGCAAAGGCAACUCUGAUCACAGACCUCUCUUGCUGAAGUGUUCCCUUAGCCCCCUCUCAGGUCACAAACCUUUCAAGUUUCUCAACAUGUGGACCUCUCAUCACUCUCUCGAAGCUAUAAUCAAGAAUUUUUGGGACAACAAUAAAACCUAUAAUGGAAUGCAAGGUUUGGCAAACAAAUUGAAGGAGUUGAAAUCAGUCCUUAACAAUUGGAAUAGAGAGGUUUUUGGGAAUAUUUUCCAGAAGAUUAAGGAUGCUGAAGCAUGUGCCAAGACAACACAAACCUUUUAUGAAUCCCAUCCCUCACCCAACUCUCUUGUGGCUGCUAACAAGGCAAAUGCUGAGUUACUUUUUCUUACUAAACGAGAAUCAGAAUUCUGGCAGCAAAAGGCAGGUGUCAAAUGGAUUAAGGAAGGUGAUGCUAGCUCAAAAUUCUUCCACAAUUUGGUUAAGGGGAAAAGGUUACGGCUCCAAAUUUCCUCUAUCAAAACUGAUGAGGGGGAGAUCUUGGAGGACAAAACUGAAAUAGCUACUCAUGCAAUCAACUUCUUCUCCAAAUUGUACAAAGAAGACUCUGUCUCUGACGACUCACACAUCUUUAACUUCAUCCCUAAAAUUAUAAAUGAAGAGGAUAACAAGCUGAUCUAUACACUACCUCAAGGGGAGGAGGUUAGGAGAGCAAUUUGGGACUUAAAUGAACACAGUGCUUCUAGCCUGGACGGUUAUAAUGGAGUCUUCUUUAAAACAUUUUGGCACAUCAUCCAGCAAGAAGUGGUUAGGGCUAGCCAGGAAUUCUUCUUGUGCCUACCUGUCCCUAAAUCCUAUGGAGCCACACAACUUACCUUGAUUCCCAAGGAGGACAACCCUAAAAGUUUGGGGGACUAUAGACCUAUCUCUCUCUCAAACUUCCUCUUCAAAAUUAAGACCAAAAUUCUAUCCAACAGAUUGAGGGACCUACUGCCUAAACUCAUCAGCCGGGAACAAACUGGAUUCCAGGCAGGCAAGGGGGUGGAUGAGAACAUCUUAUUUGCUCAGGAAAUGAUUCAUUGUUUGGAUAAUAGCAGAGGGAGUGCCAAUGUAGCUAUUAAGGUUUAUUUAUCCAAGGCUUUUGAUAGACUCUCCUGGAAAUACCUUGAACAGAUUCUUCUUUCCUUUGGGUUCAGCCAUACUUCUUGUCAUCUCCUCCUGGCAACACUUAAGGCCACACACUUCUCUAUUCUCAUUAAUGGUGUCUCUCAGGGCUUCUUCAAAAUGGAGAGGGGUAUCAAACAGGGGGACCCCCUCUCUCCCUUGCUCUUCAUCCUUGGCAGUGAGGGUUUAAGCAGAAUGAUCAAAGCUAAAGUUGCUGAAGGAGUUCUCAAAGCUUUCAAUACAGGGAGAACUCCACCUCCUUCACACUUAGCUUAUGCAGAUGAUAUCAUUUUUUUUCUUAAUGGCCAUUGCAGGAAUUUAUUAAAAUUCAAGGGACUCUUGAAUAUGUUUCUGGCAGCAUCUGGACAUCAAAUUAAUCUCAGCAAAAGCCACUUUUACACAGGAGCUAAGGUUAAUCAUGCAAUCAAGAGCAAUAUGGAGAGGACACUUGGAAUGAGAGAAGGGAAGCUGCCAAUUUCUUACCUGGGAGCUACCAUUGGCAAAGGAAAGAUGAAAAAGGCACACUGCAAGAAAGUUAUCCUUCACUUUGACUCCUAUCUUAAUAUAUGGUUUAGUAAAAACUUCUUCUGGGGAUACUGGGAUGGGAAACCCAAAUACCACUGGAAAAACUGGAGAAGUAUUUGUUAUCCCACCAUUGAAGGACGGCUUGGAAUUAGGCACCUUGAGGAUAUAGAGGCAGCCUAUUCUACAAAACUUUGGUGGAAGCUUCGAAAUAAUGGAGGUAUAUGGGGGGACUACAUGAGGAGCAAGUAUUGUGUCCAAUCGUUCAGUGAAAGAGCAACUGACUCAGUUACUUGGAAGAGAGUCUCUAGAAUUCACAACUGGGCAUAUCAACAUGUUGACAUAUCUGAGGGUUCUGAGGCAUGGGAAGGGGAAGAAUUCUCUACCAAAGCUGCAUAUAAUGCUUGGAGGGACUCAAAGCCAAUCUCAAUUUCUUGCAAGAUGAUUUCGGAUAAAACCCAAAUACCAAAGAUCAAACUCUUCCUUUGGAAAGCUUUCAAUAACCUUCUUCCAUUCCCAAAUAACAUGUCGAGAUUCAACAUGGCAAUCCCUUCAAGAUGCAACUUCUGUAAACAAGGCACUCAGGACUCUAACCACACUCUCCUUCAAUGUCCAUACUCUCUGAAAAUCUGGAAAUUCUUCUCCACACUGUUCCAGGGCCCUCCCAUCAACGGAAACUCCACAAUACAGGAAAAGAUUGGGCAUCGGAAGCUCGAAGUUGAUAGGGGUGACCGUACGUUGAACGUUCGUUGAGGCGUAUUAUUAUCUUUUCAUCAUUCCGUCCUCUACGAUAUCAAGGUAACAAUACUGAUCAUGGAGCCCAUCCCAGAGGUCAAUGAGAGUGAUGAGAUGUACGGACUGGUGGACCACAAUUACUAUGCUUAAUUUUAAUAAAUACCUUUUUCGGGC